UUUCCAAACGAGGUGUCAGUGCCUCUAGAACUUAAGAUGGCGGCUGGAGCCAUGCCACUACAAAGGUGUUUAGCAUGCGCAAUAAGCGGAAGAACUCCCAAAAUGAAUGUCAUCAUUAAUGCUACCAGACAGUUCUCACUUACUUCACAAAUUUUAGCCGGAGGAGCUUUCCGAAGGAAGCAGGGAAAGGCAGAGGAUUCCCUGGCAUAUGGUCCCUUGACUGAUACCCCAGACUGGACAUAUUUAGAUGGAUCUGUUCCACCUCUUUCAAAAAGACAAUUGGAUAGACAGAAGAAACGAAUAGAAACAGCUAAUAGAGUGGUGACCAUUUUAAAACAAAUAAAUGAAGCCAAGAAGAAAUCUCAGGAUAAAAAACAUGUCCAAACAGAGAAUUCUUUAUAGCCUCGACCAGGAAGGACCUUAUUAUCCAAAACAUGAAGACCAGUAAUAGACCUCUGCGUGGCAAAUUUCACUUUAUGUUAUGUGGACUUCAGCAACUCAGUUGCUAUGGCGAUCAAUGUUUAUUUACAUUAAAUACUCUCUCUGUCCUAUUUGAAUAGAUUGCCGUUGGCUAGAUUGAUUUGCAGUAAAAUUACCUGUAAAUUUUAACGAACAUUAUGGAGGAUUUGCUUCUUUGCCUUCAAUGACCUAAAGAGAAUAGAAUUUCCCUUUAUUUUUCACUAGACUUGAGACUUUAUAAGUCAUUUAAUUCUAGAUGCAAGGUAUAGGUGUCAAGUUAUGAAAAAAUAAAAAAUUCAAUUGACAUAUGUUGGAAUCUAAGCUAAAAAAGGCUCGAUUUUUUAUGGCAUAUGGAAAUGAAAGGCAAAGAGGACAUCAAGAUAUUUCUUUGGCAAUGAUAUGAUUACAAAUCAGAGAUAAAUGAUUUAGUAUGUUGUUAGGUACGAAAUACCACAAGGCUGAAUGGUUUGGUACUACUCAUUUUCAUACAAAACUCCCUUCUCAUCUUGUCCUUAUCGAGAGACGUUAUAAUCCAUGAAUGAACAGGAAAAUUUAUAUGGUUUGCAGGUCGAAGAAUCGAAUCAAUGGGCCUAGGUCUGAGGCCCUGAUCUAUAAAAAGGAACUUCGUUACGCCACUGUUUUCAAGUUUAUCUGAAAAAUUAUGUUUGCUUACGCCAAGCUUAUUAUCUUAAUGUAGCUUUCGUUUUUGAGUAAUUGUACAUAAAUUACUUAGAUGCAUUUUUAUUGCAACUUUUCUUUAUUA